AUGAAGCUUUCAGUGAUGACUGUGUUGCUACUUGUUGCAAUUAUGGGAAGUACUACAACUGCUUCUAGUACAGCAUCUUUGAGUACAGGUGCUACAACUGCCUCUACUACAACACUUACGAGUACGAGCUCUACAACAACCAUUUCUACUACAGAACCUAAGGCUACAAGCACUACAACAACCACCUCUACUACAGAACCUAAGGAUACAAGCACUACAACAACCACCUCUACAGUACCUAAGGAUACAAGCACUACAACAACCACCUCUACUACAGAACCUAAGGAUACAAGCACUACAACAACCACCUCUACAGUACCUAAGGAUACAAGCACUACAACAACCACCUCUACUACAGAACCUAAGGAUACAAGCACUACAACAACCACCUCUACAGUACCUAAGGAUACAAGCACUACAACAACCACCUUUACUACAGUACCUAAGGAUACAAGCACUACAACGACUGCCUCUACUACAGAAACUAAGGAUAGAAGCACUACAACAACUGCCUCUACUACAGAAACUAAGGAUAGAAGCACUACAACGACUGCCUCUACUACAGAACCUAAGGAUACAAGCACCAUAUCAACUGCCUCUACUACAGAACCUACGAAUACAAGCACUACAACCACAACCUCUACUACAGUACCUAUUACUACAAGUGCUAAAACAACUGUCAUUACUACAGCAUCUACAAGUACAAGUACUAUAUCCACUGCCUCUACUACAGCAUCUACGGGUACAAGCAUUACAAUGGCUGCCUCUACUACAACACCUAUGAGUACAAGUGCUACAAACACUCCCUUAAGUACAGCACCUUUGAGUACAAACGCAACCACCUCUACUACAACCCAUUCGAGUACAAGUGCUACAACAACCACCUCUAGUACAGUACCUACAAGUAAAAGCGCUACAAUUGCCUCUACUACAGCAAGUACAAGCACUAGAUCAACUGCCUCUACUACAGCACCUACAGGUACAAGCACUACAAUGACUGCCUCUACUACAGAACCUACGAAUACAAGCACUACAACCACAACCUCUACUACAGUACCUACGACUACAAGUGCUAAAACAACUGUCAUUACUACAGCAUCUACAAGUACAAGUACUAUAUCCACUGCCUCUACUACAGCACCUACGGGUACAAGCACUACAAUGGCUGCCUCUACUACAACACCUAUGAGUACAAACGCUACAAACACUCCCUUAAGUACAGCACCUUUGAGUACAAACGCAACCACCUCUACUACAACCCAUUCGAGUACAAGUGCUACAACAACCGCCUCUAGUACAGUACCUACAAGUAAAAGCGCUACAAUUGCCUCUACUACAGCAAGAACAAGCACUAGAUCAACUGCCUCUACUACAGCACCUACAGGUACAAGCGCUGCAACUUCCUCUACUACAGAACCUAUUAGUACAAGCACUCCAACAACCUCCUCUUCUACAGCAUCCAUGAGUGCAAGUGCUAAAACAACUGCCUCUAUAACAGCACCUACAAGUACAAACACUAUAACACCUUCCUCUACUACAGAACCUUUGAGUACCAGCACUACAACAACCACCUCUACUACAGCAUCCAUGAGUACAAGUACUAUAUCAACUGCCUCUACUACAGCAUCUACGGAUACAAGCACUACAACAACCUCCACUACUACAGCACCUACAGGUACAAACACUCUAUCAACUGCCUCAACUACAGCACCUACAGGUACAAGCACUACAAACACUGCCUCUAGUACAUCACCUUUGAGUACAAGCACUACCACAACCGCCUCUACUACAACACAUUCAAGUACAAGCGCAACAGCAACUACCUCUAGUACAGCACCUACAAGUAAAAGCACUAAAACUGCCUCUCCUACAUCAAGUACAAGCACAAUAUCAACUGCCUCUACUACAGCACCUACAGGUAUAAAUACUACAAUGACUGCCUCUACUAAAACAACUGCCUCUACUACAGCACCUAUGUGUACAAGCACUACAACAACCACCUCUCCUACAGAAUCCAUGAGUACAAGUGUGAAAACAUCUGCCUCUACUACAGCACCUACUGGUACAAGCACUACAAUAACCAGCUCUAGGACAGCAUCCAUGAGUACAAGUGCUAAAACAACUGCCUCUACUACAGCACCGACAAGUACAAGCACUAAAACGCCUGCCUCUACUACAGCACCUAUGAGUACAAACACUACAACAACCACCUCCUCUGCAGCAUCCAUGAGUACAAGUGUUAAAACAACUGCCUCUACUACAGCAUCUACAAGUACCAGCACUAUAUCAACUGCCUCUACUACAGCACGUACAGGUACAAGCACAACCAUAACCACCUCUACUACAGCAUCUAUGAGUACAAGUGCUAAAACAACUGCCUCCAUUACAGCAUCUACAAGUAACAGAAUUAUAUCAACUGCCUCUACUACAGCACCUACAGGUACAAGCACUACGAUGACUGUCUCUACUACAGAACCUACAAGUACAAGCACUACAACAACCACCUCUUCUGAAGCAUCCAUGAGUACAAGUGCUAAAACAACUGCCUCUACUACUGUACCUACAAGUACCAGCGCUAUAUCAUUUGCCUCUACUACAGCACCUACUGGUAGAAGCACAACAACUGCCUCUAAUACAGCACCUAUGGGUACAAGCAUGGGUACAAGCACUACAAUAACCACCUCUACUACAGCAUCAAUGACUGCCUCUACUACAGAACCUACAAGUACAAGAACUACAACAACCACCUCUUCUGCAGCAUCCAUGAGUACAAGUGCUAAAACAACUGCCUCCACUACAGCAUCUACAAGUACCAGCGCUAUAUCAACUGCCUCUACUACAGCACCUACAGGUACAGGCACUACAACGACUGCCUCUACUAUAGCACCUACAAGUACAAACACUAUAUCAACUGCCCCUACUACAGCACCUACAAAUACAAGCACUAUAUUAACUGCCCCUACAACAGCACCUACAAAUGCAAGCACUAUAUCAACUGCCUCUACUACAGAACAUACAGGUACAAGCACAACAAUGACUGCGUCUACUACAGCACCUACAAAUACAAGCACUAUAUCAACUGCCUCUACUAGAGCACCUACAAAUACAAGCACUAUAUCAACUGCCUCUACUACAGCACCUACAGGUACAAGCACUACAACAACUGCCUCUACUACAGUACCUACAAGUACAAGCACUAUAUCAACUGCCUCUACUACAGCAACUACAAAUACAAGCACUAUAUCAACUGCCUCCACUACAGCACCUACAGGAAAAAGCACUACAACAACUGCCUCUACUACAGUACCUACAAGUACAAGCACUAUAUCAACUGCCUCUACUACAGCAACUACAAAUACAAGCACUAUAUCAACUACCCCUACUACAGCACCUACAAAUACAAGCACUAUAUCAACUGCCCCUAUUACACCACCUACAAAUACAAGCACUAUAUCAACUGCCUCUACUACAGAACAUACAGGUACAAGCACUACCAUGACUGCCUCUACUACAGCACCUACAAAUACAAGCACUAUAUCAACUGCCUCUACUACAGCACCUACAAGUACAAGCACUAUAUCAACGGCCCCUACUACAGCACCUACAAAUACAAACACUAUAUCAACUGCCUCUACUACAGCACCUACGGGUACAAGCACUACAAUUACUGCCUCUACUACAGCACCUACAAAUACCAGUGCUACAAUAACCACCUCGACUACAGCAUCCAUGAAUACAAGUGCUAAAACAACUGCCUCCAUUACAACAUCUACAAGUACCAGCCCAAUAUCAACUGCCUCUAAUACAGCACCUACAAGUACAAACACUACAGUGACUGUCUCUACUACAGAACCUAUGAGUACAAGCACUACUGCAUCCAUGAGUACAAGUGCUAACACAACUGCCUCUAGUACAGCACCUUUCAGUACAAGCGCUAUAUCAACUGCCUUUAUUACAGCACUUACGGGUACAAGCACUACAACAACUUCCUCUGGUACAGCAUCUACAAGUACCAGCGCUAUAUCAACUGCCUCUACUACAGCACCUAUGAGUAUAAGCGCUACAACAACAACCUCUAUUACAGCAUCCAUGAGUACAAGCACUAUAUCAACUGCCUUUACUACUGCCCCUACAAGUACAAGCAAUACAACGACUGCCUCUACUACAGCACCUAAGAGUACAAGCACUGCAAACACUGCCUCUAGUACAGCACCUAUGAGUAUAAGCGCAACAACAACCACCUCUAGCACAGCAUCUUUGAGUACAAGCAGUACAUCAACUGCCCCUACUACAGCACCGACAGGUACAAACGCUACAACUGCCUCUAGUACAUCACCUACAGCUACAAACACUAAAACUGCCUCUACUACAGCACCUACAGCUACAAACGCUACAACUGCCUCUAGUAUAGCACCUACAUCUACAAACGCUACAACUGGCUCUAGUACAGCACCUACAACUACAAACGCUACAACUGCCUCUAGUAUAGCACCUACAUCUACAAACGCUACAACUGGCUCUAGUACAGCACCUACAAGUACAAGUGCUACAGCAACUGGCUCUAGUACAGCACCUACAGGUACAAAGGCUACAACCGCCUCUAGUACAGCACCUACAGCUACAAACGCUACAACUGCUUCUACUACAGCACCUACAGCUACAAACGCUACAACUGCCUCUAAUACAGCACCUACAGGUACAAACGCUACAACUGCCUCUACUACAGCACCUACAGGUACAAACGCUACAACUGCCUCUAGUACAGCUCCUACAGCUACAAAUGCUACAACUACCUCUAGUACAGCACCUACAGGUACAAACGCUACAACUGCCUCUACUACAGCACCUACAAGUACAAGUGCUACAACAACUGCCUCUACUACAGCACCUACAAGUACAAGUGCUACAACAACUGCCUCUACUACAGCACCUACAGUUACAAACACUACAUCAAGCACCAUAGAGGUCAGUAGCACAACAGUAAAGAUAUCUGAGAAACCUCUUCCAGUAUGCCAAAAUGGAGGUACCUAUGUUGAAGGCAAAUGUGUUUGUUUAGAAAAUUUUCAAGGAGAUCUUUGUGAAUUUGUAAAAAACAUUAUAGCUGUUGAGAAAACCACCACUGCUGUUUUGAAUGUAGACCUAACCUUCACCAAGAUGAAUUUUACUGAAAAUCUGGCAAAUAACGAAACCGUGGAAUAUAAAGCAUUUGAAAAGGACUUCAAAAAAAAUGGGGGACCUCCGCUUUAA